AUGACCGUCCAUCAUGCGACGGCGCUACUCGUAGCGGCCAUAACUGUUCUUCUCCUUUUCCCUGCCGCAGCAUUGCCAGCGGCAGCGGACGCGUCCGUAAUUCGCUCUUCCCGCCGCGUUACCCAGCCUCUCGGUCUGCUCCCUUUUCCGCAGUCGCGGUUUCGUGGCGGAGCAACCACCGACGGUGCCGCGCAGCAGGAACGGUCGCUGGUUGAGCAGGCUGGCAACGCAGGCCAAGCACCCACCAAGAGCGGAGGCAGCGGAGCGACACACCACGGGCCCGCCAGCGGCGCAGGCGGUGUCGCCCGAAAACCCACUAAAGCCCGCGGCGUUGGCGGCGCAGGCGCCGGCCAAGCACCCUCUGUCGCUGGCACAGAUGGCGCAAGCAGCGGCCAAGGACCUGGGCCCGCCGGCAGCGCAGGCGGCGGAGGCGCCACCAAGGACCCCCCUGCGCUGGCGCAUGCGUCACCCACGGACCCUCUGACGCCACCGGCGACGGCGACGGCGACGGCGACGGCGACGGCGACGUCGACGGCGCAGGUGCUGGCGAAGGACGCCCCAACGCUGGCGGUGGAGGCAGUGCAGGUGCAGGCGAGACGAACCAAGGGCCCACCGGCGCAGGCGCAUGUCACACCGACGGUCCAGGCGCCGCCAAUAAAGGCCCCACCGAUGCCGACCAACCUAGUGCCCCACGUGGCGCGGCCCCAUCAUGGCGGAUAUCGCGGGGAAGUCACGUCGGGGGUGCGCAUGCGGGACUUGGUGGUGUGGCGGGCCGCUAAGUUCCAGCAGAAGCUGCGAGAGGCCCGGGCGCACACGGCGGCCGGCAAGGCCGCGGCUGUCGUCGCGCGUUCGCGCGCUUCGGCGCUGAAGGAUGCGACAAACGUGAAGGCUCCAAGUUGGACCGGCCUGGCGCGCAGCUGCGUGGAACAGAUGGCGUUGGCGUCGGAGAGCAUGGAGUCGGCGGCGGGGAUGAUGGCGAGCGGCGGCGAGGACGUGAACCUGCCGCGCAUCCUCCUCUCCAGCGCCACAACGCUCGCGCUCGACUGCGCCGAGGGCUUCGACCUCUUCGCGCCGGGCAGCUCGCGCGACCCGCGCGUCCACGCCCUGCAGAGAGCAGCGAUGGACGCGCGCGCGCAGGUGAUGGAGGCGCUGGGGCGAGCAGCGGAUAUGGCCGCCAUGAUCGCAGCACACGACGACACUGCUGCCCCCGCCGUGCCUUCGCCCUCGCCCACUCGCCGCCGCCUCCUGCAAGCCGCCGAGCUUCAAACCAGCGCUGAUGCAGACCCCACCGUCACGGGUGCAGGCACUGCCACUGCCAUCACGCUGGCCGACCCUCACAUCUCCAUCCCCGACACCAGCACACCCGGCACUGGGAAAGCCGCCGCUCACAUACACAACUCCACCGAGCCUGCCCUCCACCUCCUUCCGCAAGCCGCCACCACGGGCAAGCAGGGGCAAUGCCAUCCCACUGGCGAGGGUCGACCCCCACAACGUCAACCCAAGAACCCGCCCUUCUGGCAAUUCUGGAAUCACCCCUGGCACCGGCAGCACCCCCGCCACGCCGCCGCUGCUGGUGCCGGCAAGGCCACCGAUCCGCACUGCAGGGCACCGCCGCCUCCUUCCCCUCCUUCACCUCCCUCCCCUCCGCCUGCCCCUCCUUCCCCUCCUCCUUCACCCCCUCCUCCUUCCCCUCCCCCUCCUUCCCCUCCUCCUCCUUCCCCUCCGCCUCCCCCUCCUUCCCCUCCUCCUCCUUCCCCUCCUCCCCCUUCCCCUCCCCCUCCCUCCCCUCCUCCCUCCCCUCCUCCCUCCCCUCCUCCCUCCCCUACUCCGCCCCCAUCUCCGCCACCCCCCCCACCGCCCCCUCCGCGCAUCACCCCAACGGUCACCGUGGCACAGGAUGGUUCCGGGAACUUCCUCACCGUGCAGGAGGCGAUCAGGGCGUACCCGGUGGGGUUCACGGGGCGCUACGUGGUGUUCAUCCAGCCGGGCUUCUAUCACGAGAAGGUGGCCAUCAACUCUACCUGCAAGAACGUCACGCUGCUGGGGCUCGCUGCCUCUUCCACUGUCAUCUCCUGGAACGACAACGUCGCUGCCGGCACCGGCACCUUCCAGUCCGCCACUGUUGCUGUGGACGGGACUGGCUUUGUAGCCAUCGGCAUUCGCUUCGAAAACACAGCAGGGAAGGCUGGGAACCAGGCAGUGGCGUUCAGACAAACGGGCGACAACGCAGCCUUCUAUGAGUGCGAGUUCAUCGGGUGGCAGGACACACUCUAUGCGCAUGUUGGGCGGCAGUACUACCGCAACUGCUACUUCAACGGGUCGGUGGAUUUCAUCUUUGGCAACGGUGCCACCGUGCUGGACAACUGCGUGAUCCAUCUCCGCCCAUACUCGGGUGGGGUGGUCACGGCGUCGGGGCGAACCAACUACACGGAGAACACGGGCAUUGUCAUCCUCAACUCUGUUAUCCAGGGGGACCCUGUAAACAAGACUUUCCUCGGCCGACCCUGGAAGCCCUACGCGAGAGUGGCUGUCAUCAACACCACGAUCAGUAAUGUGCUGAAUACAACUGGCUGGCUGGACUGGAUAGGUACAGUGUACAGCACUUCCACGUUCAUUGAGUACGGCAACAGUGGGCCAGGGUCUGUGGGGCCGCGCAUAGCGUGGGCUCUACCGGGCAUUGUGAGUGACCCUGCGGAGGUCGCUAUGUAUUAUCCCAACAACUUCCUAGCUCCAUUCUCCACCAUCGCCAACCUCAUUCCCUUUUCCUGGCUCUGA